AUGGAGAAGUGUGGUGAUGUGGAAUAUGAAAUUUGCAGGAAAACAAUAUGGAGUAUCCACAAAAACAAAAGCAUAAUGGAUUUCCAUCCUUAUCCAUUCCUUGCUGCUUUCAUGAAUUGCAUUCUAUGGAUAUUCUACGGCAUUCCUUUCGUUCAUCCCGAUAUGAUCAUUAUAAACAGCGUUGGUCUCGCGAUGGAGAUUAUAUACCUAAUUGUUUUCAUGAUCUACGCCGACAAGAAGUAUAGGAAAAUAAUACCUCCCUUCAUUCUUUGCGAGCUGGUGCUCUUUGCCAUCAUCGUCGCAGUCUCUCUCCUCGCCUUUCACACCACUACCGAUAGGUCCAUGUUGGUCGGCAUCAUCUGCGAUGUCGCUGGCAUUAUCAUGUAUAUCUCCCCUCUCAGCACCCUGAAACAUGUUAUUGAGACUAAGAAUGCUGAGUCCAUGCAAUUUUGGCUUUGCCUAUCCGGCUUCCUUAAUGGUUGCAUUUGGUUCUGCUAUGCUUUCUUGAAGAAAUUUGAUCCUUAUAUUGCUGCUGGUAAUGGAAUUGGAGGAUUGUUUGGAGCGAUCCAACUCUUGGUGUAUGCUUUUUACUACUUCAAAGCCAAGAACAAUGUGUCAAACGAUGGCAAGCCAAGCGAUGUGCAAAUGAAGGCUUCCCAACACUUAUGGCUUCUUCAAUUGAGCACACCCUUUUUGGGUCGCAAUAUCAUGCCUCGGAAAAAACUCUUUCAGAAAUACCAUGGGAAAUUUACACACUAUGUAAAGUUGAAGAAUUUUUUGAUCACUUCCAAAGUUUAG